AUGAAGGGAGUAUUUCUGGUAACGAUGAUUGUUUUGGCCAAUGUGUUCGCUUUUCCAUCUCGCAAGGUAGGUUAACGCAAUGCGUUAAAACUACACUUGCGAAACGGGUGCCAUUACAAAUGCGCGGUUAAGAGAACUAUAAUUUUUCCCCGUCACUAAAAUGUGUUUGACAAUUUUCUUCCUGGCAUGGUUCGAGACUUCAGAGCCGGUAACAUGUUUGUCUAAAAAUUAGCCCACACAUCUGUGCUAAGAAAUUGACUACGAACACCCGAAUUUGACAAAAACGAAACUCAGAAACCCAACAGCACAUCUAAAUCAACGCACGAUUCACAUACAGCUACUUCUACCUGCUACUCCGGUUAUCGGCGCAAUUAAAUUAAGACAAAAAAAAUUAAAAAGGGAAAGAAAAUUAAUUAUAACAGUUUGAAACAAGAAUGCCUCUUUGUGUUGCUCCUAAACAAAGAUUCAAAAUGAUUCAAUUAAAGAGAUCGCCAAGGGGGUGGAAAGUAGAAAUUAAGCGUCAGCUGCAUGUUGCUGAGCAUGAUUCAAAAUGGCUGCGUAUGUCGAAUUUGCUGACAACUUUUGAAAGGCUAGCUAUAGGUUCAAAGAAAUUGCCAAGAAAUGGAAAGUGAGGAUUGAGCCAAACUUAACAUUAAGCGAUCAGCUGCAUGUUGCUAAGCAAGAUUCAAAAUGGAGGCGCAUGUUGCUGAUUUUCUAUAACAUUUGCAGUCAAACAAUUUCUGAAAGGUUUGGUUGCUUUCUGGCGAAGAUAAAAGUUAUGUGGUUUACAGAGCACAGUAUUCCUUCCUUGAGAACGUAUAAAAUAAAGAAACGUUAAGAUAUCCUAAAGGCAUUUCUUAGCUCAAUUUUUCAUAAUUACAACAUGUUCGGGGUAAGCCGCUUUUCUUCCUAACGCGGGGGAUCUUAACUUUCAAACGCGUAAUUAAUACAAGAUAUUUUCACUUUGAAAUUUGUGAUUACUAACUGGCACCUCACCUUCUUUUGCAGGAUGCUCUAAAAAUUAUGAACAAAAAAGGUAAGGUCAAAUAAAAGAAAACGAAAAAUAGUGCCAUUAGUGAUACUAAUGGCACUAUUUGGUGAUACUAAUUAGACUUCUCCAGUCUUCACUUUGAUUAUCUUAAUGAUGCUGGUGAUGAUGUUUAAUGUAAACAGCUGUUUGCAGGUUGCCGGAAAGUGCACGCGACAAUCUAAAAAGGUAUCUAUGGGACGCUUUCAGGGCCAGGGAGUGUCAUAAACCAGUUGCAACAGUGAACAAAACAACAGUUUGAUAAUAGGCUUGGUCAAACGAAAGGAUGAAUAAAGCUAAUUGAAAUACCCAUUGUAAUGUAUGUUAUAGUAGCUCAUCUGUUUGAAUUCAAUGUUAAUGUGUUUUGUGGUCUCAAUGCAAAAAUUACCUUCUACUGAUCUAACUGUACGUUUUGGCCACUAAAUGGGUACGAGGCCCCUCCCAUCAAAUAGAAGCGAGUUGGUAAACCCGUUCAAGAUGGCGCCUUAAUCUUGAGAUCGCCUGGCCUCCAGAUCAAAGCGAUAAGAAUAGUGUACUUUCUUUUAGAUUCACAACAAUUUAUUUAACUUAUCAGCCGAUUUUUUUUCUGCUUAGCCGGGAAUUGCACGGAAAAAAUUCCGGAUCCGUAAAGUCACAAGCUGAACCGGUUAAGGGCGCACGAUUAUCGAAUCAGAUCCGAGGAGUUUUUAAAGAUUCCGGCCUGCUGAGAUGCUUUAGAAAACAAUAAUUACCUUUGGCUAAAGGCGUUGUUCAAGACUUCAUGCACAGUUUUUUUUCCACUCGGACCUCCCGCCCUGUAAAUAACAAAUACGUAUUUUGUAAUUUACAGAUAACCUUGUACUCACCAAGAGAAACCUUGUGCAAUUCCAUAACAUGAUAACUUGUGCAACCUCGAGAACAUCUGCAGAUUACAUUGAUUAUGGCUGUUACUGUGGCUACGGAGGAAAAGGGAAGCCCGCAGAUGCUACUGACAGGCAAGUUUCACCACAGCAAAAACAUCUGUAAAAAUUAAUACCUAAUAAAACGUAAACUCAGGUAUCGUCAAACUGUCAAUCAAUAGCAUAAUUUGAUCUCAGAAGAGAGCUUAUAUUUGUUGUUUGUUUGGUGUCCUUUGUAGCUGUUGAUUGGUCACAUCACACCAAGCAGCCACCUCACUCCCUCUAUGAGCUAUUCAAAUUUACAAUACCCAUCAAACUUUCUUUUAACCCCUAAACUCCCAGGAGUGACCAAAGCAGGAUUUCUCCUUACUUUAUCUAAACAAUAUCACGCAGACAAGUGAUAAGAAUAAAGAAAAAUAUCAAUUAUGCGAUUACUAAUUGAUUCAAUACCAAAUUCUCCAAACUAACAUGAUGAGAAUCAUUUGGCAGACAGUGGGGAGAAUUACCAAUGAGAUCUUGGGAGUUAAGGGGUUAAACAGAGUUACUUGACUCUUUGAUGAAAUACCUAGAAGUAGUGUGGAUGGAAAAUCAAACCAGUCUCUAACGUAAGGGUGAUUGUUGAAAAUCUUAUAUGUGUACAGUUCAGGAUUUGCAAUACUGGAUCAAAAAACGGCCCCAAAACUAUUAUCGGAGGGAGUUACAAGAUUUUCUUAGGCCCAAAUCAACUUAAUAACAUUGUCUUGCAAAACUUUGUGUUUAUUUGGAUGUCUGUCAUUGUAUAUUAAAGUGGCAAAUGUCACUGGUGAGAAAAUCUUUGACUGUUGAAAUGCAAGAAAGAUGUUUUUCACCACUGAAGCUAAUUAAUAGGCUCCAACAUUUAAAGAAUUAAUGAAACCCCCUACCUUAACUCAUUGAAUUUAAUGAUAAAUACACCCAUUUCUAACCAAUUUUUAGGUGCUGUAAAAUUCAUGACGAAUGUUAUGGCCGUAUACAGAAUCAAAACUCAUGUUAUUUCUCAUUGGAUGUUUAUACAAGAAUAUACACCAGAGACAAUACUUGCACUGGCUGUGGUAAGUUCUGAUUGGGUAAAAACCUAUGUUUUUAGACAUAAAGUUUCUUCAGAUCUUACAGAAAAUAUGAUACAGAAUUUUCAUUACAUUUGGAAAGGAGUUUUUACAAAUGCAGUAAUUAAGGAUAAGUAGUUAGAUAUCUUUCACUUUAAGCUGUGGUAAGUUAAUUCCAGCUAAGUGCAUAACAACCUAUGUUCUGAGAUAUUUUAUUUCAUGACAUCCCAACCUGGUCUCUAGGAAUCUAAGAAAGGGUUGUUCACUGCAUUUAGAAAGGAAUAUUGACGAGAACAGUAAUGGGAAAAGUUUUAUCAAGUUUUCACUGUGGGCAAAAAAAAAAAUCAUCAUAUAGAGGAAUAGUUCAAUAAGUGUUUCAUUGUUUCCUGAGGGUACAGUGCUGAUUUAAUCAUGACUAAGGUUUUCUAGUUUUUUAUUUAUUUAUUUAUUUUUUGCUUACUUCACAAACCUCAGCUGAUAAAGAAGGAACUUGUGAGAGAGCUGUUUGUGAAUGUGAUGGAGCAGCUGCAAAGUGUUUUGCUGAAAAGGAAUACAACAUAAAAUAUUUUAACUGGCCAGCAGAAAAGUGCUGAUACAGACUGAUCUUUG